CUGAAGGAUGUGCCUUUGAGGCCUCUUCGAGGCCCACCAUCGCGUGCUCACAGCCUUCCCGCCCAAUGUUCUUGACCGCUGAAACCUGAUCAUCACAGUGUUAAGCACUUUACUUAAUCCCCACACACCCUCCCAGGUAGGUAUCAUUUCCAUUUUACAGAUGGGGAAGAAGCAGCAAGAAGAAAUGGCAAAGCUGCCCUGGCUGGUGUGGCUCAGUUGGCUGGACACCCUCCUCUGCACCAAGGAGUCCUGGUUCCAUCCACUGGUGGGGUUGUGUGCAGGAGGCAACCAAUCCACGUUUCCCUCUCUCUAAAAAAUCAAAAUUUAAAAAUUUUUUUAAAAAGGAAACACAAAGCUAAGUCAGUGACUGAGCUGGUUUUGAACCUGGAAGUCUGGCUAGAGCCCACACUCUCACUAAGCUAAACUGCACCUAACCUGGGAGGACAGCAGCCCGGGAGGUAGAAGGCUGGUGGGGAGGCCAGAGGCUCUCGCUAGGGCAGCCCACACCCUUUGCUUUGGUAAGAAACUUGGGGCUGAGUGUAUGUGAAAUCUCAGACUUCUCUCUCACCAGUAGUUCCAGAUUUCUGGAUUUGACAGAAAAGCCAAUCAAUACAAGGGAACAAAAGCCAAGUUCCCACAAAGAGUUGCAGCUUUCAUUUAUGCUCCCUAAGAACACUCGAAGCACGACCAUCAUCUAUUACCAUAUUUCAUAAAAGCAAGUAUAUUUGAAUUCUCCUCUCACUAAGAAACACAUCAUCUCAAUCAAAAGCAGCCAUUCCCAAGAAAGACCAGUCACUGACUUUACACCCGCAAAUAGACAUUCCUCUUGCUUUAUUAUUUCCUCGUGCUGUGGACCCGUGGAAAUGUCACCCUGGGGGUGCCUCUGCCGCCAACCCCUUUGAGUCAGUUGAGGGAAGAACCGAAGGGAAGGGGCUUUAGGUGUAGCGGGAAGGAGCUGGGUUAGAGCCAAGAAAGAGUUCGCCUUUGGAGGCCUUUACAGAACAUGUGAGCACCAUGUUUGCUUAGCAUGGGAAGGUCGCAGAAUCAAAUCCAUGGACGGGAGAGGCCAGUAGCUCUGAGUUACACCCCAGAGAAGGGCAGGGACCUUGUUCUGAAGGUUCUAUCCUCGGGCCCACCAGGGUCACCCUUGGAACCUAAAGCAGCCCUCAGCAGGCAGGCAGGCGUUUCCUUCCUGGAGUUCAUGGGUGGUGACUGUGGGUCCCACGCAAGGAGGAGGCCUCCUUGCAGGGAGUCUGUGUAGUCACCCAUAGGCUACCUAGCUGGGUGUCUGUGGGGCUGGGGCAGAGGGACGAAGAGAAUGGCCAUGUUAGAGCGCUGCCUGCAGCCAGGUGUGGUGGGCACAGACUCUGAGUGGACAGGCCUGGAUGGCUGCAGCAUCGUGGGGAGGCUGUCUUCCUGUUUCCCCACCUCCUUCAAGCCCAGGGGCAGCCCAGGACCCAAUGCCUUUCAACAGGAGCUUGCCGCCAGGCAGGGAAGCCCCGUUCUGGUACAACCAUGCUCAGCACUGGCUCUGGGCCCGUCACCUCCUGGCUCUACACCAGAGGUGAGGCCCGCAGGUGUGGGGCCAGGGGGUGAAGAGAGGAUGGAAGGGUCUGGCCACCUGCCCCAUCCUAGUAGUGAAGAUCAAGGCCUUCAAAGUUGGGCUCUUCCAGAAGAGGCCUCAAGCCUCAUUCUGCCUGGGGGAGGAGGGGGGUGGGGAGGUGGGAGUGGUACUCACAGAUUUAAGCCCCCAUAGUUUAAAGGCACAGACCUACCCAAGUUUUAAACCUGGAGUUUUAGAAUGGUAAACCUGAGUCUCCGGGUAGAAAUGCAGAAACUGGGACCAAGGCAAGGGCAGUCCCUUCCUCUAGGCCACACUGGUUAAAUGGGCCCGGAGCCCGUAUCUAGAUUCUGUCCCUGUUCUGCCCUCAAGUCCUCAGAGGACGACAGAAGUCAUGACUUUAACCACCUAAGUGCAAGACUGUGCUGCAUGUUGGAGAGGCAGACAACUACCCUCUGGAGCUUCUGGUGCCACAGGUUGUACACUGCAGGAGCACAUGCAGGUGCUGGGAGCCGGUGGAUUUGCCUCUGGACUCUGUAACACUUUCAGUCUCUCAGAACCCCAAAUAGCAGGAACCUCUCAGUUCCCAAACUGCAUCCCUGUGUUGGGGGGUUGGGGAGGGGGCUGCCUGCAGCAGCUCCCAAGGCCCAGCAGUGGAUCUGUGGUGAAGAGAUGGAAGAUAGGAGGGCCAGGGAAGGGAGGGAACUGGGGCUGCCAGUGGGCACACCCCCAACACCCCUCCCAAAAAGUUUCAAAGGCCCAGCCCAGAAAUUGGGCCUCUGCUGCCCUCUAAUGGAGGAAAGGCAGCCUCGGGAGCCCCCUGCUGGCACCCCACCAGCCUGGCUGCCCUAAGGAAUAGGGGAGGUGAAGAUCCUGCCCGCCCAGACUUUUUAUUCCCGUAGAGUCUUGAGCUUCAUUUCCCGCAGCCUCUAAGCUAAACCUUCUCUUCUUCCAAGCUGCUCUGGCUUCCCUGCUUCCCGAGCACCCUCCAUCCCACCAUUUCUUCCGUUUCCUUUGUUGCCUGGGUUGCGAUUCUUGCACCCUGGUUCCUGGCUCUGCCAGGGUUCUGGUUCCGGAAGGCCCUUACCAGGCGCCUCCGGCCUAGCUCCCAUCUGGGCCCAAGGCGGUGCGGAGGACAUGGGCAAGAACCUCUCCCCACUGGGGCAACUGAACAUCCGCAAGAGCGUACUGGGCUUGACCAUAGGCGCUGGGGCCGUCUACCUGCUCUACAAGGCCAUCAAGACUGGCAUGAAAUGCCAGCAGCCCCUCUCUACCUCCUCGCCCACCUGCAUCGCCCGUGAGUGUCUGGGCCCUGGGGGCAGGACUUGGCUCCAGGAGGACCUGCUCCCCGAGGCCUCCAGUGUGGGAGGGCCCAAAGGCCUGGCCAUCGAGCGAGAGCGGCACGGGGGGGACUCAGGUGAGCUCCGGAGGCUUCUCAACUCUCUGGAGAACAGACACGAUGAGUACACCAAGGGCAUGAUCCUGCACAACAUCACGCGCUGUGUGUACUUGCUGGAGGCUGAGGCCUCUGCCUGCACCCCUGAUGACAUCAUGCUCGUGGGCUCCAUGCUGGAUGACAAGGACAACAGUGUCAAAAUCCAAGCUCUGAACACGCUGAAGGCUUUCUCUGGCAUCAGAAAAUUCAGGCUCAAAAUUCAGGAACACUUCAUCAAGGUCCUGGAGCUGAUAGCUACCAUCUGGGACUCAGAGCUGCACAUCGCUGGCCUCAGGCUCCUCAACAACCUUCCACUGCCUGACUUCGUGCACCCACAGCUGCGACGGGUGAUGCCUGCCUUGAUGGAGAUUCUUCAGUCAGACUAUCACCUGGCACAGGUGCAAGCCAUCCGACUGCUGAGCCACCUGGCACAGAAGAAUGACCUUCUCUAUGAUAUUCUCAACUGCCAGGUGCACACCAACUUUCUGAACCUGUUCCAGGUCAAACAACCAGGGAGCCUGCUGUUCGAGGUCCUGGUGUUUGCCGAGCGGCUGAGUGAGGGCCGGAACACGCCACACUACCGUGCCGUGAAAUGGCAUUACAACGAGCAGUCUCUGCAUGAAGCUCUCUUUGGGGAAAAGUCACGCCUGGCAGACCGGCUGCUGGCCCUGGUCAUCCACCCGGAGGAGGAGGUUCAGAUCCAGGCCUGCAAGGUCAUAGUCAGCCUGCAGUGCCCCCAGGACAUAAGAGGGCGGUCCUCUUCCUGCAUUACUGGUCAUCCCUGUUUUAAUAGUGGGGAAUAAAAGUAAGGAGAGCCAAUAAAUGAGUUUGGGAGAGACGCUCGAGGAGCAGUGUCUGUCCAGGGCCUCCAGGGCUGGUGGAGAUUUCAUCCAGCUUAGCCCGUGCCCCAGAGCAUGACAGAGGCUGGGCCCACCUCCCCGCACACAUCCCCACUUCCCUGUUUGGGGGACAGACUCCCUUUCCUCUUGCUGCUUUUCAAGUUGCAGUGUGGAGCCAGUGCUUCCAGGGAGCUUCCGGGAGAAGGCAGGCUUGGGGACUGAGGCCAAAGAUAAUCAACAACAGAUGGUAUAACAUUGGAUUACUCAGGAUGGGAGAGGUUUUGCUGCAGUAACAAACGACCUCCAAAUUUUAGCAGCUUAAAAAGGAUCAAGGGUAUUUCUUAUUCACACUCUGUGUCCAUGGGUUGGGGGUAGGGGGUGAGUGGAAGGGCAGGCGAAUGUUUUAAACCAUCUUCUCUCAGGGGCAGGCUGAGGGAGGCUCUUCAUUGUGUUUCUGCAACUCCUACUAGAGAAGGCAAAGGAAGUGUGGCAGUGAUCACUGGCUCUUAAAAGUUCAACCACAGCCCACUGUUGUGGCUCAGUGGUUGAGCAUCAUCCUAAGAACCAGGAGGUCACGUUUGAUUCCCGGUCAGGGCACAUGCCGAGG